CGUUUCCAAUUGUUUUUAACGAAGCGAGCUAAUUGUUGGCCGAAUAAUCUGAUUCAGAUAUCAUUGAGACCAUUGUAAGAGCCGAUAUGUAUGUAUUAAUAUUUAUGUAGGCUCGCCGCGAGACUGUCAUAUUCUCUGGACGAGUCCAACUGCAGAACUGCGUGAGUCGUGCAUGGAUUAAUAGAGUGCGCAUGCUCAAUGAUGGUGAAAAAUUGAGGGAAAUAUUUUCUAAAGAGCUUCAAUUCAACGCGUUGAUUAGAUGCAUAUCGGCGGACCCCUAGCUAGAGAACCCGCUGGUCACUGCCAAAUUCUGUUCCCCGGCGGUUGUCAAAAAUCUACAGUUACGACGAAGCUUCUCAAGUAUCCAGACCCGUGCUACGGAUCCGGGUGAGGCGCGCGUUUGAGGGAGUAGACGAGUAUCGAUUGCAGGCGGUAAGAAGCGCUACUGAUAGGAAAAACUUGGAGGGUUUAAAAACCCGGCGACUGGUAAACCGACCACAGAGAUAUUGACCAGAAAACCAUGCAGGGAUUGUGUAAACAAGUUAGCUAAUUUUUUAACAUGGAUUAUGCGAAUUAGAUUUUCUGCAUGGAUGUCUACAGCGUUCAUCGAAACUACAGAAUGAUUGCUGAUCCAAUGCAGUGAGUGAAUCCGUUUAAGCAGGACUUAGGGAUGGGUACAGGGUUCAGUGUAGUAUGCUCGAGCAAAAGAUCGGUCAUCAUCUCUAACAGUAUCCGGGCAGUCAGAAAGGACCCGGAUGUGGAAGCAGACGACACGCCUGUCAGAAUCCCGAGUAAACUUCAUGCUUGCGAGUCACGUGACUCCGGUAUAGUCGAAAACGAGAUUCCUCAUUAUCUAAGCUUUAGUCGCCCGGAUGUGAACAUAGAGGACGAAAUAUUUGAAGACGACGUUCAAAAUGACAGCGACAAUUCCGACGAUACGGUGUAUAGACUGGAACAGUUAGAAAACAAACCAUCGCGUCCCCAUUCCUGUCGCUUAGGAAACCGGGGUAACACAGCCAAGAACAGGAAAAACAAGGACUCUCUUGUACAGGAGGAGAAAUUAGUCAGAAUAUUACGCCAAUCCAAAUCCUCGAACCAAGACAGACUGACCGAUGAUGAGCAGGAUGAUCUUGACAGAGAGGAUAGUUUCUACCAAGGAUUUCGAGUAGAAUCGGCGCGUAGAGGAAAUAAGCGCAAAAGUGCCAAAAGUUGUAAAAGUGACGGAAAAAGGUCCUCGAGGACAAUUACCGAUCUGAACAGCUCUUCUGACAAUGACGAUGUAAGUGACUCCGAAGUCUGGACAAUUCCAGACGAGACCGACACACUUUCUCCCGGAAGUAAAGGACAAGGGAACCGGAAAGGAUGGGUAAUGGAAGAAGGCGCCACCACUCGAGAGUCAUCAGGUUCGACAACUCCAACCUCUACCAGAUCGGGACAAACGAUAGACUAUUACAAAAUUGUAAGUGAGAGCUACGAAAGAUAUGAUGCCAAUCUGGCCAAGAAAGCAAGCGAGCGGUCCAUAUCGAGCAUCCUACUAAUGCCAGUUGACGGGUUUCACACCCCUACUAACUCAGUGGAAUUACUUGAUACUUCGUUUAAUAGCUUUCCAUUACCAUACCACUUGCAGCGGCGAAUGGAUGAUCUGGUGACUGCGUUUCUAGACGCCCUACAAGAACGCCAUUCUCAGGGUCGACUGACUCAGAACGAGUACCAAAACGUCAUGAGGAACCUUCGCUAUCAGUUGGUCGAGUUUGUUUUUACCUGCAUUACGAGUGACGUCACGCCGCGUUUGGAAGUUACGGCCGAUCCCAACUCUGAAGCAGAGGCCGAGUGGAGUGUUCAAAUCCAGCUUCGACCCUCCGACGAACACAUUUUGCAAACAUCAGAAAAACAGCUUGCCAGAAAACUAUCGGAGAAAGGGGACAGGAUUACACGAGAGGAUAUCAUAUAUCUCCUCGGGGACCAUCUCAGAACCAUUGAACAGCUACAGCACGUCCGCGACAAUGAGAGAUGCCUAACUAACAAAACCGAGGAGAAAGGAAAAGUAAGAAACCGAAAUAUGUCAGCACCGGUAGUAAGAAAAGAAGCCACGGUAAACUCAAAGAGGAAGAAAACCCCCGCAUCCGAUUUUGGAAGACCGAAAAAACCAGAAGCGGUCUCUACAGCGAGAAGGACAACCCCAGGGACGAUAUCAAAACCAGUGAAUGGAAAACCCCCGAAAAGUCCUCACAAAGAAAACCAGGCGGACUCCGACAGUGAUGCUACGAUAGGAAACCAAUCGGAUACAGACCUGAAUUCUCCGGUUACAACACCGGUUAUGCGGAAAAGCCUGUCCCUGGAUGAAAGAAAGCUCAAAAAGACAAUUAACCCAUCAUUAAAUUCUGCAGACAAUCGAACUAGUCUGGCUUCAGACCUCUCCGGACAGAUUUGGCGGGAACGAGCCAAACUGUCCGCAGACGACAUUCUCAAGCUUUUGAACAACGCUCGGGAUCGGAUGUGCCGCCAUGGGAACGAAGAGAACUCGGAUAAACCGAAAACAAGUCAAGAGAAGACACGGCCUCAUUCUGACGGCGCAACUAACAAUACAUGCAGUGAUUAUCAAAAUAGCCGGCAGACUGUUGACAAAAAGGCUCAAGCACUGCUACUUAUUGGAGUAAAAAAAGAAUUCAAAGAAAUAUUGAGACUAGAUAGGGAGUUUAUUAAAGAAAUACGGCAACUAAUCCAGAGGAAUGCCAUCACACGGAAGGAGCUAGAAACCCAGAUACUAACACAUAUGAAGAAGACCGGGAAUAUCCGAGUGAAAGCCAUCUCUGUUGGUCCUGCUCCUCUGAAACAUACACGCAGCCUGAAUGAUGCUGUCGGCGACACGCGCGCAGAGUCGUCUGCUCACAGCAACAGUAGCAGACGGAGUGAGCCGGACAUGCGCAAAUGGAGGGCAGAUUUGGACGAGAAUUCCCGACAGAAUGGGGUCAUGAACCAGAGAGUGAUGACGGGGAAGAGGCGAGCAGGUGCCCCCCAGAUGACGGGUCUGGCGCCAAUGGAGCCGCUGUCUGAAGGCGCCGAGGAGAAUCACAUGCUUACUAGAGUAGAAGAGAUUGAAGGUAAGAGCAGUGUAAAGAGUCGCCCAGACAGUGGGAUCGCCGUCAGUAUGUCGUCCGGAAGUUACUCUAGUUACUCCAGCUCCGAAGCCACGAAAGAACCGGAAACUGAUGAUAUCGACGAAGCCUGUCUUACGGAAACUCCAGAAAUGAUUGACCGGGUGGAAAAGGUUAAAGCAGAAAGUCAUAAUGACGUCAAGAGUCUCGUCGCCGCCAUUACUAAAGGUCUGAUGACGCAACAACUGAAAGCACAUGCCUUGUAUUGCUGGUUAACAAGCUUAGAUUUAAGUCGUCCACCAAAAGGGAAACACAAAUCCACGGCGCCAGCCACGAAGGUCAAGGCCUUGAUAGACAAGAAGCUUACCUAUGCACAAUUUUACCAAGAGCUUUGCAGGGCGGCAGGAAUAAAGUGUGAGAAAGUAGAAGGGUUUGUGAAAAGCCAGGACUAUUUGCCGGGAAACACCGUUCAGUCGCCCAAAUUCCAGCACACGUGGUGCGCGGUGCAGUUGGACGGCCACUACCGAUUGGUCGAUCCCUUAUAUGGCGCUAAACGUGACAAAGACAAUACGCACGAGCGAUUCUACAUGGAUCACUACUUUAUGACGUCACCUGAUAAUUUUUUGCUUUCGCAUUACCCUAAAGAGAAGAGAUGGCUACUUAUGAAUCAGACAUAUUCAAUCGAAGGAUUUGAAGAAAUGGUAAAAACGUGGCCCGCUAUGUUUCACUUUAAUAUCCGUCCAUUAAGCAUGAAAUCUGUGAUACGGACAUACGAUGGUAAACUCAGCAUUACUGUUUUAUUGAGGAACGUUGCUGUGAAUCCGUCCUUAGAGUAUUCCGGCCCGGGACCGGAACUCGACGCCUACAGUUUGAAAGAAAACAUUAUUGAAGAAAUCAGGGACGUUGAAAACGCCGAAACCUUCCAUAUUACUUUACCCCAAGAAGGAAACUAUUAUUUUACCUUAGACGCUCAUGUUUUGGAAGACGAAAUCGAUGUGCCAGUAUUUCAAUGUAGAAUUGAAUAUGUAGAUGAGCUACUUUAGUUUUGCCAUACCUAAAGGUCAUCAUUGAAAAAUAAAAUUGAUAAUCAAACGAUCGGACAAGUCGAGAGAACAUCCACGUGCUGAAGAAUACCUUGGUGGUCGAUCAUCUUCCAGUAAUUUGUCUUUCUGAAAGACUGUUAUUAUGAUUAUUAUAAGAAUG